AUGGAUGUUGGACCAACAAGUUUGCAAAUCGCAAGAAACUUUUCCACGCGCACUGCGGCACAAAUUGCAUUCGCUCCUGCUGCUGCUGCUUCGAUAGCGCCCGGCCCCAACGUUUCGAAGGCGGCCAAGAGCAAAGGGACGAAGCGAGUGCAGCAGGUGAUUUCUGCCGCCGGUGCAUCAGCCAACUCCGCAUCGAUCGCAGCAGCACCAGUUGGAAGAGCAACACCUGGCGUCGUCGUACCUGCACACAGGGAGAUCGUCAUCUUUCGCGGACCUACCAAGUAUAAACUUUGGCUCAGCUUCUUCAUCGCAUCCGUCAUCUUUGGGAGUGGGUGAGCAUGAGCACGCGGGGCCUUGCAACGGGGUACCUGAUGGCCCUUUGAAGCUUGGCAAGCUCGUGCGCCUUCCAAUUCCUGUCCGCUCACAUCUGCCUAGCGCUUUCUUGCCUUCCUUUCAUUGGCUAAAAUCAACACAAUCAGAUUGGGGUCUGCCGUGCUGGUAUUCGAUUCUUUUCACACCCAAUACCCUUUUGUGCAACUCAGAAAGUGAGCUCGUCUUUCAUGCGGACGGGGCGGGGGGGGGCGGGAGCACAUCGCAUCGCAUUUUGCGGCCUAGCGAUUAAGAUCGAAUUGCUGACCAAACAAACCCGACUCACUGCUCUUGCUCUUGCUUGCUACCUGCUGGACCAUUUUCGCCCUUGCGCACUCUUGUCCCCGCGUCGCAUCGCAUCGACAUCUCCUCGACAUCGUCAUUGUACAAUCAUCUAAAUCUAGGCGGGAGGAUGAGAGACCUAAAGUGGCCGCUCUCGGAACUCGUGUGUUUCUCAGCUUUUGUCUCUCAGCAGGCUCUGCAUUCUUGGUGAGUCGAGUUGGUCUUUGUUCGAGCGCGCUCUCCGCAAAGAGCAAUGGCUGGUCAAAAACGGUGUGGGUUAGGGAGGCAAGGAAGAAACUGUGCAAAGUCGGCUUGGGCGCUGACGCACGGAUCGAUCUACUCACGUAACCGGUAAAUGCUGCAGAGCUCCCUGAUCAUCGUGGGAGCUUGUCGUACGGUGACGGUGCUCAAGCUUCGUCCAGAUGCGCGUCAAGUAGUGAUACGCACAGCCGCUCCCGGUUUCUGCGGCCUCAUACCUCGUUCUUUGGGUAUAGGUCCACUAGGACGCCUGCUGCGCGCACAAGGUUUCCACCUCACCCGCUGUAAUAGGGAAAGGAUUGUACCGCUAGGAGAGGUGUACAGGGCGCGCAAUAGCCCUUUUGCACCGGAGGCGAAAUUUGAAUCCUCUGGCGAUCUGAGAGUCACGCCGAAUAUGGCUUUUAAUUAUCAGUACGAAUUGGGAGGAGGCAAACUACCUACUAGGCAAGAUUACCCUUCCUUUUGGCAAUACAUCUGGCAGAGGUUUAGGUGUUCCCUUAGAGGAAAGACGGAGUGGCAAGAUAUGCCUUUGGAAGAGCGAUUCGAAAAUGUCCCCACUGCGAACGGACCUCCCAUUGCUCGCAGAUUGGACCCCAAGGAACCUUGGUUUGCAGAUCGCAAAGCCUUUCACAAUUUGUUCCCCAGGCCACCUCGAUAG